AUGGAAGGCCAAGCGAGCACUUUGUGGAAACAGGUGAUGAGAAGGCUUAAUAUUGCGGAAAUGAAUUGGGAACAGUUUGAGGUUCUCUUCAAUGAACAAUAUUUCCCUCAAAGCUAUAGGGAUGAAAUGGCAAUGGAGUUUAUGUCCUUGCUUCAAGGUGAUAUGUCGGUGAAGGAGUAUGAGGCAAAAUUUAAUGACUUGUCCCGCUUUGCGUCAUUUCUUGUGGAGUAUGAGCAUUUGAAAUGCCUGAAAUUUGAGAAAGGUGGGCCACAACGGAGUGAUAGAAGAAACCGCAAUCAGGGACAGAUUAGCGGGGAAAUGAUCAGUGGUGGCAGUAGUUCCCUUGGAAGUGACAGGAGUGAAGGUGAACCCGAGGUAAUUGGAGACAAUGCGGAGAUUCCUGUGGUGGAUGAGUUCGCGGAUGUAUUUCCUGAUGAGUUACCUGGUUUGCCGCCGAAUCGGGAGAUUGAAUUCUGCAUUGAUUUGGUUCUGGGAACGGCACCUAUCUCUAUUCCUCCAUACCGGAUGACACCUGCUGAAAUGAGAGAAUUAAGAAAGCAGCUCGAGGAGCUAGCGAAAAAGGGAAUACACCAGCUUAAGAUUAAGGAGGAGGACAUUUCGAAAACUGCCUUUAGAACUCAGUAUGGGCACUUUGAGUUCCUGACUCUUCGUGAGCACCAAUUGUAUGCGAGAAAGGAGAAGUGUGACUUCUGGCUGACGAAAGUGAAGUUCCUUGGUCAUGUGAUAUCAGGACAAGGAAUUUCUGUGGACCCUUCCAAGAUCAAAACUGUGCUACAUUAG